AUGAGCCUCCCAAGAGGCUGGACUGACGAAAUCACCGAUGAAGAUGAAGUCAAAGAGAUGCUCGAGGGUGCCACCGGCAUGACAGAUAUCAAGGUCCUUCUGCAACAACAUUUGUAUGGCACUCAAUAUCUGUUUUCAUCUGGGAACAACUUUUAUUUUUGGAAUACUGGAGCCGGUGAUGGAGUUAAAGUUAUCAAGCCGACGGGUAAGGAGGAACUUUGGAAACAGAUGGACGAAGAUUUCAGGAAGGUGGAAGUGGAACCGCUUGAUUCAUAG